GGCUCCGCGCGCUGCUCCUCCCUACUCUAACCCGGGCUCCCGCACCCGGGCUGGUUCGCGCUGCGCAGGCGCGUGAGCAGGACUUCGAGAGCCGGAAUCGUCGGCUUGCGGGAGCGAAGGAGGGAGGAGGGAAGGAGUGAGCUUCGCCGCCUCCCGCUCCGGCCGCCAGUGUGAGCAGGGCAGGACAGGGUAGGGGGCACCCGGCUUCGAGGGCGGGCAGCCGGCCCCGCGUCGCCAUGGGCUCCGGCUGGAGCAUCGCGGGGGAGGAGGAGGAGGAGGAGCGGCGGCCGCUGCUGCGGCCCGGGCCCGGGUUGGGCGCAGGGGCGGCCAGGAGGAGCCGGGACCCGGUCGCUGAGCACAGAGCGGCGGCGCCGGUGGUACCCGCGGUGCCGGCGCAGGUCCUGGCCGGGCCGGGGCGCGUGUACGGGCGGCGCUGGCUGGUGCUGCUGCUUUUCUCGCUGAUGGCCUUCCUGCAGGGCCUGGUGUGGAACACCUGGGGCCCCAUCCAGAACUCGGCCCGCCGGGCCUACGGCUUCUCCAGCUGGGACAUCGCGCUGCUCGUGCUCUGGGGGCCCAUCGGCUUCCUGCCCUGCUUCGCCUUCAUGUGGCUGCUGGACAAGAGAGGUCUCCGGGUAACUGUGCUGCUGACAUCCUUUCUUAUGGUUUUGGGAACAGGUCUAAGAUGCAUACCUGUAUCAUCAGACUUAGUGAUCAAAAAAAGACUGAUCCACGGUGGACAGCUGCUCAAUGGAUUAGCAGGCCCAACUGUAAUGAAUGCUGCUCCAUUCCUGUCCACUACAUGGUUUUCUGCAGAUGAACGAGCCACUGCUACUGCAAUCGCUUCUAUGCUCAGUUACCUUGGCGGAGCUUGUGCAUUCCUAGUUGGGCCUCUUAUUGUUCCAGCUCCCAAUGAGACAUCACAUCUACUUGCCUCAGAAAGUAACAGCAUCCAUAUUAAGGAUCGUAUAGAGAUGGUAUUAUAUGCAGAAUUUGGAAUUGUGUGCCUGACGUUUUUUGCAACAAUUGCCUAUUUUCCAACACGGCCUCCAUUUCCCCCUAGUGUGGCCGCAGCAAGCCAACGGCUAAGCUACAGACGGAGUUUCUGUAGGCUCUUAAGCAAUUUAAGGUUUCUGAUGAUAGCGUUAGCCUAUGCCAUACCUUUAGGUGUAUUUGCUGGCUGGUCUGGAGUUCUGGAUUUAAUUUUAACACCAGUUCAUGUCAGCCAAGUAGAUGCUGGCUGGAUUGGAUUUUGGUCUAUAGUUGGAGGCUGCAUUGUUGGAAUAGCUAUUGCAAGGUUUGCAGAUUUUAUCAGAGGCAUGUUGAAGCUAAUCCUUCUGUUACUGUUUUCUGGAGCUACACUCUCAUCCACUUGGUUCACUCUGACCUGCUUGAACAGCAUUACUCACCUGCCUUUAACUACAGUGACAUUAUAUGCCUCCUGUAUUCUUCUGGGAGUAUUCCUGAAUAGCAGCGUUCCCAUCUUCUUUGAGCUUUUUGUGGAAACUGUCUACCCAGUUCCAGAAGGAAUUACUUGUGGAGUUGUAACCUUCUUAAGUAAUAUGUUCAUGGGAGUGCUUUUAUUUUUUCUCACAUUUUAUCAUACAGAGUUGUCUUGGUUCAACUGGUGCCUUCCUGGGUCGUGUUUGCUCAGUCUGCUCCUCAUUUUGUGCUUCAGGGAAUCCUACGAUAGACUCUACCUUGAUGUUGUUGUCUCAGUCUGAUAGCACAGACUGGGAGAGAUUUACAGAGACUGGCCAUCACAACGGCAUACCAGACGUUCGCUUGGAAUUGCACAACUAAGUGGAGGGGGAAGAGAAGAGAUUUAACUUUCGGAGAUUUUCUUAGGGUACAGAUUUUUAUUUUUAUGUUCAUUUAAUUACUACUAGGUAACAAUGAUGCAAGAUUUGAGUGGUAAUAGAUGAUUUUAAAAUACACCCAUUUGGUCUACAGACACCUGAUUUAUGGGCGAGAGGCCUGCUCUCUUUCAGAAAAAGCACUCCCUGAAACAGUUUAAUGUCCAUUCUUCUACUAGUGCUAAACCACUAAGUGAUUAAAUGUAGUCAUGAAGAGGAACUGAAGGGUAAUGUUGGGUCAAUUUCCUCUACUGUCAAAAGAUUCCUUCCCUCAGUCACUGAUCAGAAUAAGAAAAAUGCCAGUAACUUCUUUAGAAGUUUAAAACAUGUACCAGAUUUUAAUAUAAAGUGGCCAACAACUUUGUAAAUUACAUUAAUGACCUACUUGUACACUACUUUUUUUUUCUAAUAAAACCAUUUCUUAUAUGACUCUUUAUAUUUAAUUAGGCCAAAGCCCCUCCAGCCACCUCCAGUAACUGUCCAGAUGCCGGCUAUUUUCCAGCCACACCUACAGUUUGACUGCCUACUAGCACAGCCGUCAUUUUAUCCUGGAUUCAGACUCUCAUUUUUCCAUUGAAAUAUAGUUUUGUUUCCCAUUCCUAAAUGUACCCUAAAAAAGUGAUUUUUAUUUUAGUUCAGGUUUCUUAGAGUUUGAGCAUAUUCAUUACAGUCUGAUAGUUCACUUUCAGUAUUAUAAAUUCUUUCCUUUUGAAUUGGUAUUUAGUGCUUUUGUUAACAGCGAAAUGACAGAUUACAUAAGGAUGUUAAGUCUUCCCAUUCUGUAGAUUUAAGUGUGGAGUGGAAAGUCCAGGGCCAACAAGUGCCCACCUGCAUCUUGGUUAACUGGACAUAAUUUAUGGCUUCCAAUCACUUUGAAACUUGGUCAGUCUGCUGGUGGUUUCUGAGCUGUAUUCUUGUAGUUUAGUUUGUUUUGUAAAGUAUUCAAUUCUGAAUGUGGGCUGUGUGUGUGUGUCUGUGUGUGUGUUUGCUUGUGCGCACACAUUUGUGCUUCUAGAAUAUCCCAUUGUGAGAUGGUAGCUUUCUCAAGAAGAAUACAGUGGUUCCCUCUCAGGAAAAUCUUUCAGUGACAUAAAGUAAAUUGGGCUUGGGACACAGAGAACAUUCUAAGGAGAAAAUCAAGGGGGAAAAUACCCCACCUCUGUCAUCUUCUCCAACCUCUGCUACUUUUUUCAUCCUCCUUAAAAUUUUAACAUCAUUGUUAACAGAACCUUGUUUAAGCAGAAUUGUUUUAUCUUUGACUGAGGCAGACAGAAGGUUAAAUUAAAGGAACAACCAGCUGAUUGUUCUGGCUUGAUGAGGAAAGCUCACCAUUUCACACAUCACACCUACCCCACAUAUAUAUAACUCAGCUGCCUCUGCUUCCCUUCUGUGUCCUUUGUGCUUAGAAUUGCAAGGCUAUCCAUAACAGCUCCAACCCCAUGACGAGUCACAGGAGUGAACUGAGACUGCAAGCAGCUUCCUGGUUGUCUUCCUCUCAGCCCCAAACCUAAAAAUAGCACCUGUCAGUCACUUGCAUAUUAUCUCCAUCUGCAACCUCAAUGCUGUCUGGGCAUUACUUUUCAGGACCUGGAAGGAAUUUGUUGGAGGGACAGAGGAAGGGAGGAAUUUUGAGAAAGCUGUGUUCCAGUUAACCUUCACACCUAUUAUUAACAUUAUUAUUUUUCUUCAAUAAAUGGGAAGUGAGAAUCUCGAAGAUUAAUUCAGGUUGCUGAGGGUCUGGGUAAACCAUAAUCUUUGUUUUAUAGUAAAAGUAUCAGGGGAACUGAUCGAAGAAAAGAUAAAUAUUUAAAGUUAAAAGUAUGCAUUUGAGGAAUUUCAUAUAUAAAGUUCUGCCCCAGGAAAGAUUCUUUCUGGAGAAUAUUCUACUUAUAAUUAAUGGCUUUUUGAAAUCACAAUACAACAUGAAGGUCUGAGUGGCACUCAUGAAAAAAGUAGAGUAUCUAGUGUCAUAUACAAAUAAUUUGCUGGUUUCAGCCCAGGUGAGGAAUGAUCAUAAGUCUCUGUCACCUAAGAGAUACCCCCUUGUAAGUUAAACAGCAUGUAUGAAAUGGGUUUGGUCUUUGCUUCUCUAUCACAUUAAUGUAGUUGAGGGUUUUUUUCUUCCAAGAAGUUAAGCCUCCUAUGGGAAAGCUAUUGGAAAGAGCCAAAGAGAUUUAGAAGGAAAAAAUCUUUUAAAAAAUUAUUAAAACUUCAAGUCACCUUGGGGCAGCUAGGUGGCGCAGUGAAUAGAGCACCGGCCCUGGAGUCAGGAGUACCUGAGUUCAAAUGCGGCCUCAGACACUUAACACUGACUAGCUGUGUGACCCUGGGCAAGUCACUUAACCCCAAUUGCCUCACUAAAAAAAAAAAAACUUCAAGUCACCUCAACAGUAAAAGUCACAUCUUCUUUUUCUUGUUAACUUUGCUUCCAACAACGUCCAUCAAAAUAUAGUGGUGGGAGCUGGAUUGGACAAGAUAUGAAUAAGAUAGAUCAUAGAAUUAUCAAGUGUUAGAGCUUGAAAGAACAUUCAAGUGGUCAUUUGGUCCAAGUUCCUUAUUUUACAUAUGAAGAAACAGCAAGAUGUCUCUUACAGAAGGUCAUAAAGGCAGUGAGAGGUCUAGCCAGGACUAGACUUCGCCAGGUCCAGCUUCCAAUUCAGUGCUUUUUCCACCACACCAGAAUUUCAGGCUAAUUGUAGCAUCCUUGUAGCACUCAUGAAUUAUUUUUCUCAUAACUCAUAAAAAGAUGAGUUAAUGAUAGUGAGGUGGUUAUAGUGUCAUGACCUGAAACAAAAAGGUACAGAGAUGGAAGUGAGUUGUUUGUAGAUGAGGUUUUUUUCCUUCUCCUUCUUAAGCAUCCUUAAUUCUCUGAAACCUUUCGAUCUUACAUUGGGAUGGGAUGAGAAGAGCCUAGUCUUACUAAAUUAAACGAUAUAGGAGAGAAGCUAAUUUAUGCUACAAGCUUAGUAUGUGCUAUACUAAUAAAUGGGCUUCAUUUGAACACAUAGCAUCUUUGCCCACAGUGAAAGUGGGCAGAUUUGUACACCUACACACAUUAUUUGGGGGGGGGAGGCA